CGUAGCUAUUGGUAGAAUUUCAACAAUCGUGUGACUUUCGAAACGACACAGACACCAACAUGUUGAAGUAUUUUUGAAACGACCAGGACAAACGGUUUGCGAACAAAAGAAGCUAGACGUAUAGACGUGGAGAACGUCGGAACGUGACAUUUUACCUAUAUUACAUGCAAAAUUCCCAUGUAACCACAAAAUGUUAUUGACGGUCAAAUUUCUGAGGACACGUCAAGUCAGAAACGUUGCUUCUUAAGGCUAAUAAGAUGAACCCAGCGUGUAAGCAAUAUUCGACCGACAUAAUCGGUCUCAAAAGACCCACGGCUCUGGACAAGCUCUUCGAUUCGAUUCCUAAGCCCAAAGGCGCAGUACCAGAAUUUGGACUACCAAAAUGGAAAGUAAUGCCAUUAGAGUCGAAAAUCCCAAUGGUUCCCGGACCGGAGGGUGUUUACAAUUUCACGCGUCGUAAGCUUGGCGAGGAACUAUGGAUCUCCACACCGGACGCGGAGUUUAAUUUAAGCGAUCCAUACGGCUACGAGAUACAAUGGACUUACGACUCCCUCCACGAUAAACAUUUGCUUCCUCACUUCUCCAAACCGAAUAUCAUUCGGCAUUUGAUCAAAUCUGGCUUCGUUACUAAAAAUUUAGACGCAAAAUGUUCUCUGAAAGAUUACAAUAUGUACAGAAGGUAUCUAAGAAGACUGCACUGUGAUAGCAUAAAGAAGGAAUUGAAUAGAAGAACGAAACAAUCCAUCGAGGAGAGAGCGAUCUUGUAUGCUCAAGAACAGGCUGAGAAAGAAGUGAAGAGAUUGAGAGAAAGGGAAAGAUUAAUGGAGUUACGAAAGUCCGCGAUCACGCAAAGCAAAAUGGCUGAGAAAAUGAAGCUGCAAAAGCAGAAAGAGAAACAAAGGAAAAUUGAUGAAAGGUUACAAGCAUUGGCUCAGAAAAAGAAAGAAACUCAACAAAUGCGGUAUAUUAAAAGCAAAGCUCGUGCAGAAAUAAUUCAGCAGAAACAAAUAGCAGCAACAGAUAUUCGAAGGGAAAAGAUAAUUCAGACUCUUUUGGAAUGGAACAGAAAGGAACGUAUACGAAAGAAAAUGAUAGAAACGCGAUUAGCGCAUGAACAAGAAGAAAAACGCAAGAUCGUGGAACUGAAGUAUAUAUAAAAUUCAUAAUAUAUUUUGUGUUAAAAAAAUAAAAAUUUUUUCUUUAUUCUAUAUAGAUGGGAAGAAAGAUUAGAAUUUCAAAAGAAACAAAUUGAAAAGGAACAGUUUUUGUUACAAUGCAUAGAAGAUCAACGGAAUGAAUUUAUAAAUGCAUACCAAGAAAAGGUAGACAGAGAAACAGAAAGAAUGAAAAGUAUGUGUUACUGAAUUUCAUAAAAAUUUAUGCUCACAAAUUAAUAAAAUUUAAUGUUUUAUUUAUAGGACUUUUUGAAGAUGUAAAAAUGUAUAUAAGAUGUUAUUUGGCUAGGCACUUGCCUGGAAGUAGAGAACGCAUUUGCUGCAAAAAAUAUUUCUAUGAUGAUGAAGUAUUUUAUAUGAAUUUAAUAGAAAAUCAUCUCAAACAUAAAUGUGACAUUAUAGUUUUAAUUUCAAUUUUAGGAUGAAACAUUGUUUGUGGAAAGUGAUAAAAAGGAUGCAGCUAAGCUAAUAAAACAAGAUAAUAUACAGAGAACGCUUCAGAAAGAAAAAAAAAGAAGUGAAGAAAAGGCUCUAAGCAAAGAUAAAUUAAAACAGAAACCGAAACAGAAAAAGAGGAAGAUCUCAGCAAAGAUUGAGAAGAAGGAAGCACGUAAAAUUGAAAAUGUUGGACAAGAAAGAAAUAAACAAAAGAAAAGAAGGAAAGUAAAAAAGAAAAAAGAUACUCAAUCAGAUACAAAAUCUGAAUUAGACCCAUUGACUGAAUCUAUACAUUCAUCGAAAACAGAAAUUAUAGAAGAAUCAAUAAUUUCUGAACCAAAAGAAAAGUGCAGAUGUCAAGCAAUUAAAGAUCGUGAAAAACAUAUUAUAUGAUAAAAGACAGAUAAUCUUCCCAAAACUAAA